CACCACCCACCCCCUCAAACACCGGCGGUGGUCAUGCCGCCUCCGCCUCCUCCGCAACCACCACCACCCCCACCACCGCCGCCGCCGUCUUCGCCGCCCCCUCUCAACGCCCACCGCCACCCGCUCCCGCCCGCGCCGUCGCCGCCCACCUCCCUCCUCCUCGCACCAGGCCCCUCCCCGUCCCGCGCCCUCGCGCUCCUCUUCCCGGACGCCUCCGCGCGCCUCUUCGCCGCCCUCCCCUCCCCCACCUCCCCCUCCCCGGCCCCCACCCCCGUCCCCUCCCCGCUCGCCGCCGCGGCCUGCUUCGUGCUCCUCCUCCCCUCCUCCCACCUCCUCUUCCUCUCCGCGCACCCGGGCCCCGCCUCCCCCGCCGUCCACCUCCGCGCCUACGCCCUCGCCGCCGGCCGCUUCGCGCCCGCCCCGCUCGCCUUCAGGCGCCAAGCCUCGCCCGCCGCCCUGCCCCUCCCCGGCCUCCCCUUCGGCCUCGGCGUCCGCCUCGCCGCCGGGGUCAACGCCGUUGCGCUGCUCUCCCUCGCCGCCCGCCAGAUCUGGCUGCUCGCGCCCAGGAUGGCCGCCGACGGGCGCACGCUUCAGCUGCACAAGUGCGCCGUCGUCGAGCUCGAGUCGGCGCGGCCGGUCUACGCCAUGCAGGUCGCCAUGGCCAAGCUGCUGCUCGGCGAGGCUGGCGGCGUGCGCGUGUUCCCGCUCACAAGUUUGAUGAAGGGUGGGAGGGAGAGGAAGGAGGGUGCCGGGGCUUUAGCAAGGAAGAGCUUGCACAAGAAGAACGGGAUUCUCAAUGGCUUGGUUGUGCCGGUUGGGCGUGGUGCUGACGCCCGAGAUGCUGCUUCCGGUUGCAAGCUUACAACCUUGAGGGUGAAACAGAGUUCAGGGAGCUAUUCCUCUAUCUUUUUGACCUUUAACCAAGUGGAUCAUAACUCACAAGGUGGUGUAAAUUUGACAAAAUCAGUUAAAGCUGUGUCAAUCCAACCUUUUUCCAAGGAGAAGUUUUUGGUACUUGAUUCAGCUGGAGUUUUGCAUGUCUUCAGUCAUGAAUUGGCCUCAGAAGCUACCAAAACGUACUCUUUGGAUUGCGCCCUGAAGGUCCAAUCGUUCGCUGUUUUCCCAAGUAGCUCUACGAAGACACAAAUUCUUUGGGUUUCAGAUGGUGCGCAUUCCAUACACAUGGUGUCAACAUUGCCAGCAUUGGAUGUUGAGUCCCCUAAAAGUGACAAUGGUGAUUGUGAUGAGGAAAGAGAGUUAGCAACCAUUAAGCUCUCAGCUAUUGAAGCCAUAUUUACUAGUGAAAAGGUUCAGGACAUUGUAUCUAUCUCCAAGGAUUCUGUGCUUAUCCUUGGCCAAGGCAACAUGUUUUUAUAUGGAACUGCUUGAAUAUGGCUUUUUAAUAUAUGCGUGGUGGAGACACAGCUGUUGUUUAGAUCAUGAAUUUGCAGUUUUGGAUGGUUUUUUGGCUAAUGACAGGUGUUUGUUGAUCCUGAAGAUGUACUUGUUCACCUGUUUUUUUGGAAGUCAUGAACAUCAUUAGUAUUUAAUUGCAUUAAGCAGAAGAAAAACUCAUGACUUGGAUGGCAGCCAGCAAGAGCUGAAGAGUGCAGGCCAUUCCGUAUCAUCUCAACUAUCUGAAAGCAACAUUGCAGAACUCUGAGCCAUCAUUCAGCAUAGCUCAUCGAUAAGUGAGGCCAGAUCAUGCAAUGGAUGGAUUAUAACUGGCUGCUCUGCAUUCACAUUUCCAGCCAGGACAGCAACAUUUCUGGUUGCUAUUGCUGCAGGAAGGGUUGGCUGCAUCCCUGUGUGCAGGUUCAGCUGUCGUGGAAUGUGCAUCACCGCCAAGCGGGUUGGUUAUGAAACUGCUCUCAACUGGUGGCGGACUAGGAAGUUGAUCCUACUGCAGGAGACUGGACUGUGCCUUGGAGCUGAGUGUGGUGUUUACUUUCUUGUAAUUGCCAAGCUCUGGGCACCUCAGAAACCAAUAAUGACUGUAGCAGUAGUCCUGUAAGGCCAGGCGUAAACUAGAUGGACUGCUAAAGUCUUCCAUUGUUACGGUCUAAGCUUGCUACAGUUUGCUAUUAUUUCUUCAACUGAAAAUGGAAACCCAGUUAUUUGUUU